AUGUAUAUCCCGCUUCGGGAAUCUCAAUCUCGCGCGGCCGGGCAGGAGGCGCAUGAUCGCUCUGGAGGAUUGGAAUACUCGCCGCCAUGGGUUGCGAAAUUGCAUCACGAGGCCCGCCGCCGGCUCGACAUUUCCCCGUAUACAUCGAGAAGGGCAUUGAAUGGUGCUGCUCUUGGGAAGAGGCAAUUCUCUAGUGGCGCCGCCGACGCGACCAAUGUCCAAAUCGGCAUCGCACUCGGAAUCAUUCUGGGCGUCUUCCUCAUAGCCACGGGCGCUUUUCUCUACAUGUAUCGAUCCUCCGUCCGCUUUACCUAUCGGAAGCAUCGCCGCCAUCACACCAAGUCAUCCAGGAGCUCGUCCAAGAGCACAGAAUCGACACCGCCGCCCGCCCCGGCGCCCCCUCCCCCUGCACCAGAGGCAGAGCCACCCAAGUAG